AUGAUAGAGCUGCAUAUUGAAGAUCUUGCUCUUUUGGGGCCACCACUACGAAGUUCGACAAGCGCAGAGCCACCUUCAGCCACCAACAAGGGUAACUUGAAUGAGUUGAAACGAUUUGAAGAACGGAUGUUAGUGGCAAGCGCUUUCGCGGCUUGUUGCUCAAAAUUUGAUGCAUCAGUUGUUAGGGCUCGGAUUGGCUUCAAUUUGCUUUUGUGUUCACGGCACGGAUACAAGACGGAAUUGGGUGUCACCUACUCCGUUAUGGACCCCUGUUUACCAGUUGGGGGGGGGGGGGGGGGGGGUGAAACAUCAGCGGCCGUUAAGUUUUUGCCCCAGACACUUUCAGUUUUGGGGUUGGGCUUGGAAUUUUUUGCAGAAGCCUCUGGAGACUGA